AUUAUUCAUUCGGUUGCACUUACGGGCUUGCAUCAGUUUGUGGCUUACCAUAAAACCAAAAAAAUGUUGUAAUAGUUGAUGAGCUUUUGGGAAGAGAAUGAAAUAACUGCAGUUGAAGUAGCACUCUGUUAGGUUACGAUACAAUCCGGUCUACUUGGGUACCUUUUGGGUAGAAAAAGAUCUUUGGUUCAAGAUCGGUAUUGGAGUAUAUGGUUCAGUUGACAUUGACCCAAAAGUGUGUCUAAACAAAAUGAAGUCAACAAUUGUUUUCCUAACCUUUGCAAUAGGAUUUUCAACAGCCCAAUUAUAUUUCCAUCAAUUACAACCACUUCAAUAUCAACCAUCAGCAUAUCCAUCUCAACGCCAUAUUCACAUUCAACCGGAUUUGGCUCAUAAAUCCGUUGUUGAAAAUGCCAUAAGAGAAGCCCAACUUCCUCCAGAAUUGACAAAUAAUUUCUACAAGAAUCCUCGAGUAGCUGCAGCAUUGGCAAAAGAAUCAUGGCUAACUGACAAGGAAAUGCCAGUAUUUGAUAGAGAAGCUGAGAAAAUUCCUCGCGAUAUGAUUUAUAAAAUUUUCAAAAAUGCCGGUUGGGUUAGGAGAAGGUAGAAAAAUCAACACACAAUAAAAGUGCCAAUAAAAGAAUUUAUAUAAUAAAACUUUGCAGUCCUAGUUUAUAAACAAAAUAUGGCCCAAUGAAUGAGUUUCGUAGAUACUAAUAUUUGUCUCAUUGAUUCGGGCCAAACGUUAUCAUAAAAACGAAUUUAAUCGUAUUUAAAAAAUAAAACUAGAUUAAGUGUUAAAUUUAGGUUAGAAAUUCAAAUGAUAUUUAUUUACGUUUUUUCUUUAUUUUAUUAAGUUUCUUGAUUGAUUUUGUAAAUAAAUUGUUUUUGUGUUAAGUUUAUACUGAAUGACAA